AUGGCAGCGGAAGUGCCAGAGCCGCGGGUCGAGUUCCCACUGCAGGGUGGUUACCACAACCCGACGCUGCGCGCGUGGCAUGCAACGAGUGCGCAGCUGGCCAAGGAGCAUUUGAUGUAUCCCGUCUUUGUGAGUGACCAUGAGAAUUCUGAUCACGUCGAAGCGAUUGGCAGUUUGCCCGAGCAAAACCGCUACGGCUACAAUGCUGUGGUUAAGGCGCUCGAGCCUUUGGUUCAGAAGGGACUAGCUUCUGUACUUCUCUUUGGCGUCGUUGACCGCAAGGACGUGCGAGGGGCCACGGCUGAUGACAGCGACAAUCCGGUGGUCAAGGUGCUGCCCCUCCUCAAAGCUGCCUUCCCUCAACUGACAGUGGCCUGCGAUGUGUGUUUGUGUCCCUACACGGACCAUGGCCAUUGUGGCAUCUUCAUGGACACACAGCCAGAGAAUGAGAGCCAGCAGCGCUUUGACCCCGUCGCCAGUGCCAAGCGGAUUGCGGAAAUUGCCGUGGCCUAUGCAGAGGCAGGGUGCGACAUUGUUGCGCCCUCAGACAUGAUGGACGGCCGUAUUCAAGCCAUCGAUGCCGGUCUUAAAGCCAAAGGCCUGCGCAACCGUGUGGCCAUCAUGAGCUACAGCGCCAAGUUCUGCUCGUGCUUCUACGGCCCUUUCCGCUCCCGCAAGCACUCACGGGCUUGGUCCACUCAUGAAACAUACAGCGAUGCCGCAAAGUCAGCGCCCAAGACGGCCCCUGCAGAUCAAGCCGAGCCCGCUACCAAGGUUGCCCGGCGUCUCGUAACCCCCAAGGGCCGUCACAACUAUCAGUUGCCCCCUGGCAGCAGCGGUCUUGCCGCCCGUGCCAACGAGAUUAGCGUCCGCGAGGGUGCUGACAUGCUCAUGGUCAAGCCUGGUAUCGCUUACCUGGACGUACUGCGAGACACCAAGCGUCUGCACCCAUACCAUCCGCUGGCGGUGUAUCAAGUUUCUGGCGAAUACGCCAUGCUUUGGCAUGGUGCUGCUCAGGGCGCCGUUGACCUGCGUGAGGGGGUGCUCGAGUCCAUGACGGCCUUCCGCCGCGCGGGGGCCGACAUCAUCAUCACGUAUUACGCGCCACGUCUCCUCCAGUGGCUGGACGAGUGA